CAACAUCAUCAUUGUAUGUAUAAAAUCUAAUAGAGUAUUCUAGGGUGGAUGUGUAUGAAGAUGUGUCAUUUUCCCGUUUAAUACUACUCCCUCCGUCCUAAAAUUCUUGGCUUAGGUUUGUCUAAAAAUGAAUGUAUCUAAAUACCAAACCGUGACUAGAUGCAUUCAUAUCUAGACAAAUCUAAAACAAGAAUUUUGGAAGUAUAAAAUAAUACCUCGGGAGGUUACUUCCGUCUGUCCGGUCGCCAUCACGCUACUAUCAUUUUUUUUUAAGGAUGGGCUCCUCUAUAAAACCAUGGCUCCCAACGUUUUAAGCGCUGAAGAAAUAUUCAUCGCGCUCUGAAAGCCUAGAGCAGAAAGAAAGAAGAGAGAAGUCACAGCGAUGGACACCGCUCCUGCUCCUGCUCCCGCUCCCACGAAGCCGUCCUUGUCCAAGAAGCCCUCGCCGUCGUUCCGCCUCCGCAACGGCAGCCUCAAUGCCCUGCGCCUGCGCCGCGUGUUCGACCUCUUCGACCGCAACGGCGACGGCGAGAUCACCCUCGACGAGAUGGCGGCCGCGCUCGACACGCUCGGCCUCGGCGCCGACCGCGCCAGCCUGGAGGCCACCGUGGGCGCCUACAUCCCGGCUGGCGCCGCCGGCCUCGGCUUCGAGGACUUCGAGGGCCUCCACCGCGCUCUCGGCGACGCGCUCUUCGGCCCCAUCGCCGAGGAGGAGCCCGGCAAGGAAGGCGAGGCCGAGGACGAGGACAUGAAGGAGGCGUUCCGGGUGUUCGACGAGAACGGCGACGGGUUCAUCUCGGCGGCCGAGCUGCAGGCCGUGCUCAAGAAGCUGGGCCUGGCGGAGGCGCGCAACCUGGCGGCGGUGCAGGAGAUGAUCUGCAACGUCGACCGCGACCGCGACGGCCAAGUUGACUUCGGCGAGUUCAAGUGCAUGAUGCAGGGGAUCACCGUGUGGGGAGCUUGAACUUGAAGGCGGCACGGCAUGCUCCCUCUUCUGUUUCUCAUGUUGUCGAUGGAUCUACAAAGAAAGGCCCGAUUAUCAAUGUCAAACAAAUCACGAGCUAGCCCAGCAUUCCAUGGCUAUUUCUAAAUUUGCUAAAUGUAGACUACAUUUCCAGUUUGUUAUAACGUCUAUAUGGGGUAUCAUACAAAUGGGACAACAGACCGUUGUAAUUACAUAUACUCCCUUUGUCCGAAAAUACUCGUCAUAAGAAUGGAUGUAUCUAGAUGUAUUUUAAUUUUAGAUACAUUCAUUUUUAUUCAUUUGUGCGACAAGUAAUUCCGGACGAAGGGAGUAAUAUAUUUGAGGUCUUGUGUGCUAUGAUUGGCAUUGCGCUUUGCUCUCAUCAUUGUUAUUGCUGCUAGACUGGAAAGUGAAAGCAUGUGUGCAUUAUUGAUUCACAUGUCGGUGGCUCAAACAACAAUAUACAUGUAGAAUGACAACGUGCAUGAAUCAGGAAUGUGUAUCCUUGAAGAAAUGUCAAAACAACCAUAACAUAACCAUGACUUCGAAACAUCACCACUUAUUUGGUAUUAUCAAAAA